AUGAACCCGGAACCUACAUUCGCUACGAACGAGCAGAGCCGAUGGAAGUCCCUCUAUAAUGUCCUGAGCAAGCCUGGCCCUUUUGCCGAUGAGGACUGGGUCCCUGGCCAGGAUACCAUUGAUGCUCUGGAGUCAUCAAAAAUCCUGGUGAUUGGAGCUGGUGGACUAGGAUGCGAAAUCUUGAAGAACCUGGCUCUGUCAGGAUUCAAAGACAUCCAUGUCAUCGAUAUGGAUACCAUCGACAUAUCGAAUCUUAACCGGCAGUUCCUCUUCCGCCAGGCAGAUAUCGGUAAGCCCAAAGCUGAGGUUGCCGCCGCUUUUGUCCAAAAGCGAGUCAAGGGUGUCACCAUCACACCUUACGUCGGCAAGAUCCAAGAUAAAGAUGAAGAUUAUUACAUGCAGUUUAAGAUUAUCAUUUGUGGUUUGGACAGCAUCGAAGCUCGGCGCUGGAUUAACUCUACACUGAUCUCGAUGGUCGAUAUGGAGGAUCCUGAGAGCUUGAAGCCCCUGAUCGAUGGCGGAACAGAAGGAUUCAAGGGCCAAGCCCGUGUCAUCCUACCCACACUCUCGUCAUGCAUUGAGUGCCAACUUGAUAUGCAUGCUCCUCGUCCAGCAGUUCCUCUCUGCACCAUUGCCACCAUUCCACGCCAGCCUCAACACUGCAUCGAAUGGGCGCACCAAAUCGCAUGGCAAGAGAAGCGAAAAGAUGAUACCUUUGAUAGUGAUGACAUGGAGCACAUCUCAUGGGUAUACAAUGCUGCUCAUGAACGAGCGCAACAGUUCCACAUCCACGGUGUCACCUUCCAAAUGACCCAGGGUGUGGUCAAGAACAUCAUCCCAGCGAUCGCUUCAACCAAUGCCGUAAUUGCCGCGUCUACCACGUCAGAGGUGCUCAAGAUUGCUACCUCUUGCAAUCCUUAUCUGAAUAACUACAUGAUGUACGCCGGCGAGGAAGGAGUCUAUACUUAUACUUUCGAGGCGGAGAAGAAGGCCGACUGUCCUGUCUGCGGAAAUCUUGCUCGGAAGAUGGAUGUGGAUCCUAACAUGACAUUGGGCGAUUUCAUUGAAAGCCUCGGCGAGAAGGCUGAGUCUCAACUGAAAAAGCCUAGCAUGCGGACUGAAGAGAAGACCCUGUAUCAGCGCUUCCCACCUCAGCUCGAGGAACGGACUAGACCUAACCUGUCACUCAAGCUGAAAGAGCUGAUCGAGGAUGGCCAGGAGAUCGCUGUCAGUGACUCGGCCUAUACCAUCGACUUCCGUUUCCGCCUUAACUUCAACUAA